AUGACUGGCAUUGUCGAUGCUGUGGACGCAGAGGGAGUGGCUACUGAUGGUAGUGAGGGUUCACCUGCUGUUGAUGAGGGAUUUCUUGGUGGGCUACGCGACCCAUUGGUUUUGAUUGGUUUUGCCGAGCACGUGGCACAUAGCAUCUGGAGUGGAGAGGAACGACCUAAGCAGAAGUUGGUCUCUCACGGUAGAAAAGUAGAUAAAUUUGGAAGACCAGCGCCUGAGAUAGAAGGCAUGAUUGCGGCCACCGGAUUGAGUCCAUUGAUUAGGUGUUCGGUAAUCACCACUGAUCUUGGACUUAUAUCCUCCUUCGUCAAGAGGUGGCAUAGGGAGACCAGAACCUUACACUUGCCAAUAGGAGAGAUGACGAUCACUCUGGAUGACGUGGCGUCACUCCUACACCUUCCUAUCACUAGCGCACUACAUACCUUUGAGCCGCUGGUUACUUCCGAUAUGGUCAUGCUGUUAACGGAGCUGCUUGAGGUCAGCCUCGAGGAGGCUAGAGCUGAGACCCGUUAG